AUGUGGGUUCCCGUAGACAGCGAUCUAUCUGAAAUAGUGAAAGAGAUAUCCAUCAUGCAACAAUGCGACAGCCCUUACAUCGUCAAAUGCUUCGGUAGCCUCUUUGAUAACCAAGACUUGUGGAUUUGUAUGGAAUACUGUGGUGCCGGUUCUGUCGCAGACAUUAUGCGUCUUCGCAACCAAACUCUCACGGAGGAAGAAAUCGGAACUAUUUUGAAAUACAGCCUCCUUGGAUUAGACUACCUUCAUCAGAUGCGCAAAAUCCACCGAGAUAUUAAGGCUGGCAACAUACUGCUUACCAACUCGGGAAUGGCUAAGUUGGCGGAUUUUGGAGUGGCCGGACAACUAGUGGAUACUUUGGCCAAGCGCAAUACGGUCAUUGGCACGCCAUUUUGGAUGGCUCCAGAGGUUAUCCAAGAAGUGGGCUACAACUGUUCAGCAGAUAUCUGGUCACUGGGCAUAACAGCAAUAGAGAUGGGAGACGGAAAACCACCUCUAGGUGACGAACAUCCUAUGCGGGCUCUCUUCAUGAUCCCCAGUCAGCCUUCGCCCAGGCUACGAGACGAGACGGCGUGGUCUGGAGAUUUUGUUGCCUUUGUUAACUCCUGUCUAUCUCGUGCGCCCGAAGCGCGGCCCUCGGCAGCUGCCCUCCUGCAAACAGACUUCAUUCGCGAUGCAAAAUCCUGUUCCAUCCUUCUGCCGCUGAUUGAAGAAUCGAAUCGUUUGCGUGAAAAGCGUCUUAAUGACUCCAAAGCAGUCGCGUCUACUACGUCCCCUCAAACUCCCUUUGCAAAAGCCUCUACCAAGGCCAGAGCGAGGCAACAAGAGGUGAUCGACAUUGUGGAGGAGGAGACGAGCAAUUCGGGCACUAUGAUUCAGCGUUCUGACUCCUCUAGCAUGAUUGUUAAGGAUGAAGGGACAGGCCUAAAGAAAGAUGCUAGUGGAACCCUCAUCUCUCUUAAUCGAAGCGAUGGAGGGGGAACUUCGGGUCCAGAUGGUACGACCACGAUGGUUAUUAACGAGGAUGUUGGCACCGAAGACGAAACAGAGUGCUCAGUUGUCAUCCAUGAUGACAUUGACGACGGUGGUGACUUGAUCGCAGAUAAGGACCUUGGGACCGAAAAUGCGGGCACACUGACUCGAAAUUUUGCCCGUCAAAUGGUUGUAGGCGAUCGAUCCAAAGAGAGUGAAAAUGUGGCUGCUGCAGUAGCUGCAGCACAACGGGACUGCGGCGCUAUUCCAUCGCCUAAUUCCCCCACUCCCGCACCCGACUCCCUCUCUCCAUCUCCCCACCAUCAUCUACUCCCACACACCAGCGGUCAACGUCCCUUUGCCCCAUUCUCACGCGCUUUCCAUGAGAGUGGUGCACUUCUCCACCAUCAGCAACAACAGGGGUUAUCACCCUUUGAUGGAGCUGGUGGAGCUCCUCCACCUGGUCAUGCAAACGCUCUUGCUUUGGCUAAUGAACCUGGAGGGCUUUCAAAACUAUCCUACUCGGAAUUGGAGCAACUGUUAGUAAACUUGGGGAGGGAUUUGGAAACUGAGCUGCGGAAUUUGGCUAUCCGAUAUCGCCAUAAGCGGCAACCGUUGUUGGAUGCAAUUGCGGAGAAGACGGCUUCGCUGGCGCCUUAA